AUGGUUAAGGAGCACGAGAUGGCUGGCAUGCCUCACCCCCCAACUCUCCAGCCUCACCCAAAACUGUCACCCCCUCAACUCUCCAGCCUCACCCCCAACUCUCCAGCCUCACCCCCAAAUGUCACCCUCCAAAUCUUCAGCCUUGCCCCCACCCCAUCCCCAACUCUCCAGCCUCACCCCACAACUGUCACCCCACAACCUUCCAGCCUCAUCCCCAACUGUCACCCCCCAAAUCUCCAGCCUCACCCCCAGCCUCACCUCCAGUUUUCUAGCCUCACCUCCCACUCUCCAGGCACAGUGACCACAGCGUGGGACAGUGAACCAGAUGACCACACAGACACAUUUCAUCUGAUCUCACAUUUACUACAUCAGUAG